CAAAAAACCUUCUUGCCGGUUCUCGCUCUCUUUCUUAGCAUAUCUUUUUCAGCCUGAAGCGCUCUUCUGUUUCGUAUCCUUAUUAUCAAGUUGCGUUUUUAGAAACAUUCCUAAUGGCUUAAGUGGAACACAACAUACAGUACGACCUGCCCCCUGUUUCUCUGUACCCAGCCUCCCAAUGAGAGAAAGCUUACUUCUGUCGGGAUCUGUCUGACGUUCUGGCCAUACCAGCAACAAAAGAGAAAUGAUCAGGUUUUCUUCACACAGCAGUCAAAGUGGAGUAUUCUGGAGACCUAGGAAUUGGAGUUCAUAGGCGUCUUCCCGGAGUAACAGCCUGAAGUGAAACUGGCAGGAUUCCCUGGCACCCAGACUCUGAGACCCUAGUCGUUUCUUGAUCUUGGUUUCCUCGUUGUUUUUGGCUUUCUGGUUUCCAUUCAACGCCGAAGGUCUUUGAUGUUGACUAAUUGAAGAGAUUAGCAUUCUUCAAUUUCUGGACUGUAUACUGAGGGUCUAAUCUGCCUCCUGGAUAUCAACUGUACUGACAGCUGGAUCCUUAAAAAAAAAAGCGUACAUAAACUUGAAUUCGGGCUUUACAAAAUGAACAGCAGCAAAACUGAAAAAGAGAACGAGUUAAAUGAAUAUAACAGCCAAGAAGAAGAGGUCCGAACUCUAUUUGUCAGUGGGUUACCAUUAGAUAUCAAGCCACGAGAACUUUAUCUUUUAUUUAGACCAUUUAAGGGUUAUGAAGGCUCACUAAUUAAGCUAACCUCUAAACAGCCUGUAGGAUUUGUGAGUUUUGACAGCCGGUCAGAAGCAGAGGCUGCUAAAAAUGCUCUGAAUGGUAUCCGCUUUGACCCAGAGAUUCCUCAGACCUUGAGGCUGGAGUUCGCCAAAGCUAACACCAAAAUGGCCAAAAACAAGCUGGUGGGAACCCCCAAUCCUGGCCCACUGCAGCAGAGCCCAGGGCCUCAUUUCAUCACCAGGGAACCAUAUGAGCUCACAGUACCUGCACUUUACCCAGGUAGCCCCGAUGUCUGGGCUCCAUACCCUCUGUAUCCCGCGGAGUUGUCACCUGCUCUACCUCCUCCUGCUUUCACCUACCCUUCUUCACUGCAUGCUCAGAUUCGCUGGAUCCCUCCUGUGGAUGCUGCUCCUCAGGGAUGGAAGUCUAGGCAGUUCUGCUGAAAUCUGUGCUUCUGAUGUGUGAUGGUGGCAAUUGUUGGUCUUGUUGGUGUUGAUCUAAAUUCUGAAUGGCAACCACAAGAUUUUCGGAUCUUGCUGACAAAACCAUGGACUGUUAGUACAGUUUCUUCCAUGGGCUUCAGGACCUUCAAGACUUCACUUUGACCUCUAUCACACAUCCUUAAAGCAACACAGUUACCUUCCUUUUUGUACUCUUGUAUACAAAAGAUUUUGUCGUUAUUAUUAUUAUAAAUGUUGAAGCAUGAUUCGCCAAAACAGUGCUGUAAAUUUUUAGAUAUUUUGAGGGAAAAAAAGUAUUUUUGUAUAAGGUAAAUGUGAGUACAGAGUCUUCAGUUUUUGUGUCAUUGAUUGAUGGUGUUAAAUGACUGCUUUUUUGGCUUUGUGUUAUGAUUUAAAAAAAUUAAUUUAGUACAGCAGUUACAGCAGUACACUGCUGCUGUUUAAGUGAAUGUACUGUAGGAUAAACGUGCUCAUAUUCUUAACACUUUUGCUGUGGAAAGAUGGAUUUGAUAGCCAAUGUAUUAAACAUUAUUCAGGAAUGUUAAAACUACCCAAAUGUUCUAUUUUACACUAACCUGUGUUGUAUAUUUUGUACUACGUUUUUAAUGGAUUCUCUUUGUAAUAAGAUGGCUGCUAAGUCACUAACAUAUUUCCUAAUUGUGGAACUGUUUUGAUUAACUCUUGCAAGCAUGCAAGCACUCAGUAAAAAUGGCUAGGUAAAACAUACAUUUUCUAAAAGUCAUGAUAGUGUAUCAUCCUCAGUAUCUCAAACAUGCUAUUCCCAAAUUUUUAGCAUCUGCCUGAAACUUCCAGUACAGAAGUAUUUUGUACUGCUCCCAUGAGUCAACUUUAUUUAAGUCCAAUUAUUAAAUAAGCUCGACUUAUUGGAUCAUUAAGGUCCUAGCAAUCAGACAGGCAGAUGAACUGAACAUUCCAUUUGUAAUAUUUCUCAUCUUCUAAUCCUUUCACAAUCUGAUCCUUGAGAACAACAAUCCAAAAGGAUUGCAUUACUUUUUCACACGUGGUAAAAGGGUUAAAUUUACUUUAAUAAUGAGUACAAUUGCCUCAUUUACAGACCAGGGUGUCCUGUGAUUCUCAAAGAUUUUACUGGAAAGCCAUUGCAAUAUAGAUAUUUCUUGUGCAAGCACACUCUGACUUUCAGGGCAGCUUGUCUUCUUGUAAAACUAAACCCUUUUUUCUUCUAAAUGAGAUAUUGUGCAAAUAAAUCUUAAUCUUAGCUUGGUUGGUUCAGUCCAUCCAAGGUUCAAUGGUUCGAUCCUCUCUGGUUCAAUAUAGAAAUCACGGUAGGAAAUUCCCUCUCCUAAGUCUGAUGGAAUAGCAAGAAAAUAGUGCAGUUCCAAAUGGAUUCCACCAUUAAUAAGUGAAACUCUGAACAGGGGUAUCUCUAACAAACACAAAAAAAAGUUUAAUAACUGUGCAUCAUGCAGUGUGCCCUUUGAUUGAGGGUAGCAUAGAAAAUCCUAAGCAAUAAACUCUUUUAAAGCUCUAUAGUGCAUUGGAAGAGCACUAAUAUAAAUACGUGCUACUUCAUAUAAACAUGUAAAUGUUUAAGUAUUUUAUUCCUCUUAUAAAACAUCUCUUUUUGUUUCUGCUAAUUGCUGAGCAUUAUCCUGCUGCUUUGCUUUCAUUUAAACCAGAAAGCUAACCUUGGCUAAUUAUUUUAACUUCACCAUCCAACAGUCUUUAAACACCAAUAGUUGCUGAAUGAGUAAUACAAAAGAGGUUGAUUCAAUUCUCAAGUGAGAUACUCAAAUAGAUUUUUAAAAAUGCAAACUUCCAUUAUUGGAGAGCUUUAAAAAACACUGUGUUUUUCUUUUAUUGUAUAUCUCAUGCUAAGCAUAGACAGUCCAAACAGCUAAACUGUGGUGUCGCAAUAUUUAAAAAAUAAGGCUUACAUCUUAAUGUUAAGCAGUUAAGUAAAAUACUUUGAACACUUUUUAUUGUUGCUUCUUAAAAUAUGUUUUGCUCCGUAGGUAAUACAAUUCACUUUGGAACCUAUAAUCACCAUUUUCCAAGUUUUUAAUGCACCAAUUUUGCACCUCCAGACAACAAACACUGUAUGAGAUGCAAGUUUAUGGAACCAGUGAUGUAUGCUUUAAUAACACUUAGCCAUCAAUACUGUGAAUUUCAAAUUCUUCUGAAAUUACACCCCAAUUUACAACAGUUAUAAAACACUGGGUUUUAUCACAAAAUAAAAACAAUUGUAUCUUCAUACUAGGAUUGCUCAUAAUAAAAAAUAAAAUGUUCAUUUAGAUGAAAAAUAAGGUUUUGUUGUUGAAAACCUUCACAUAUUGAAUUCUGUAAUUUACAGUACAAUUAAAAUUAAUCUUAAAACUGAAAAAUGUAGUUUCAUACUCAAGCAAUAAUGAAAUAAAACUCAGAUUUUUAUUAUAGCCCUACUAAACAUUACAAAAUAUCAGUACCACGAUGUUAAGAAUCCAUUAAAACGUUAGUAAUUAUAAAUAUGCUACAUCACAGGAAAUGAAACCAUGUAAAAAUGUUUUUUUAAAUAAAAUCUUGAUAUUUGUUUUAAA